CAUACAGGUUGACGAAUGUGGUUAACCGGGAAAAGUCAUGUUUUCUCAAAUUAUACGACAUAAUCACAUAAUUUACUGAAUUGGAAAUGAUGUAUGAACUGUAAUAGAAUAGAAAUUGAUGUCAAGCAUAAAAUGUUAAAAAUUUAUUAUACGGAUAAAAGCGUAUAAUCUUUAUUUUCAUUAUGACGUAUUCUAAAGUAGUAUUAUUUUCAAUUUUCAUCGCUUCCGUAAUAUCAACUCCAUCGCAUAAUGAUUUUUUUGAUGAAGAGUUAAUGUUAAAGCCAUUACCAAGUAAUCAUGUGUAUGCAUAUUUUCAAUUUACUACUGUAUGGGAGACAACAAAACAUACAAAUACAUUACAACAUUCCCAUUUGUUUCCAAGAGGGCUUGGUGAAAUUAUAAGUCGUCAUGGGGUAGAUGAAUUACACCUUACGUUAACCAAAGGAUUAUGGAACUAUCAGAAAUGGGGAUAUCCCUAUCACGAUGCUGGUCCAGGUGCAGAGAUUCUUGCAUGGUUCAACAAAAAUGUUGUUAAUAUCGACGACGAAUGGAAAGGGCUUACCAAUGCUUUAGCUGGCUUAUUUUGUGCCUCUUUGAAUUUUGUUAAUCCCUCUAACAGUAUGUCUCCCGAAUUUACAUUCCGACCUACAGGCAUAGCAGAACACGAUGUUAAUUCUAGUCGCUUACGUUAUUCGUCGUUACCAAGAGAAAUAGUUUGUACCGAAAAUUUAACACCAUUCAAAAAACUACUACCAUGUGACUCUAAGAAAGGCUUAGUAACAUUAUUAAACUCUGCAUACAUUCAUAAUACAAAUUAUCAUUCUAUUGGAGUACAUUUUCGAAUGAUAUGUUCAAACACACCGUGCACAAAAACAUCGUUAGAAUUACGGCAAUCUGUUUCACUGAUAUACGAUACUGUAACAGAUAUUUCACAGGAUUGGUCUAUUCGAAAAUUUUUCGGAAUGGGCAUCAAAGGUGCUUGCCCUCUUGCCACGCUAAGCAACAUAUACGUCGAUAUAUCCAAUAACAAUACAAAUCAUGUUUACGAAUUAGUACCUUAUCCCAGUGCUAAGAUUGUUAGUUUUCGAGGAGGACAAUUAAACGAAAUAGCAGUUUAUGAUAUUAGAUCUCAUUCUGUUAAAGGAAUGUUUAAUAUCGGAAUUAUACAUAAUACCGCACACAAGGCUAGCUUAAAUUAUCCUUCAAUUUUGUUUGCCAAUAGAUACGUUAUUGGGUAUGGCCAAGAAAGAGGUAGUUUAGUAACAAAAAUUUACAAUAAUUAUUGGCAAACAAUCGACGUUAUUUUAUUAGAAAAUAUUCCAUGGUAUUUACCAGUGUAUCUACAUUCUGUUACAAUAACUUGUGGAGCAAAACAGAUUAUACCGUUGGUACAGCGUUAUCUACCAGGCAAGGAAAGACGAAGCCCUUACUAUUUGGAAUUAAUUUUACGCUUACCACCUCAGUCUGUAACCAAAUUUUCCAUAGAAAUGGAUUAUUCGUUUCUUAAAUGGCAAGAGUAUCCACCAGAUGCUAAUCACGGAUUUUACAUGGGACCUGCUAUAAUCACGGCACUGCUUCCAAUUGCAAGGAAUUAUACUGCACUACCACUCGAUGGAAGUACUAUAACAUCAAGUUUUAAUGCUUCAAGAGAAGGAUAUGUAGUACAGCUGAGAACGGAAUCUUUGCUCAUUAGUCUUCCCACACCUGAUUUCAGUAUGCCGUAUAAUGUAAUUUGUUUAGCAUGUACCGCAGUUGCUCUAGCAUUUGGCCCGCUUCAUAACAUUUCAACAAAGAGAUUAGUUUUGAAACGAAUCGAAAUGGAUUGGAAAGAAAAAUUAUUUUCGUUUUUAAUCGAAAAAAUUGUUAAACCCAAGAAGAAACAAGAAUAAUGCAUGCAGUUUAUUGUAACUAUUUUUUGUUUUUAAAUGUGAAGAAAAUUUCGAUAGAAAAAGGGAAAUAUAUUAUAAUUUACGAAUAAUAUAAUUAG